UGGUCCCGAUCAAUCGAUCAGAGAGAGGAAGAUGACGACGGACGGAUGUAGAGGAACACGAUCGAUCCCCGAAGAACUCGAUUGGGUUUGUUUUUUUCUCAGGACGACAAACGCUGCGUAACGACGAGGAAUCAGGAGGUUUGGAGCCGGAGAGAAGCUGUGCUAUCGGAGAGAUCAGAGAGUGUUCCUCCUACCAGGCACUUGAGCAGCCUUGAAGCCUUCAGGACAAUGGAGUUCCCGUGGCACUGCAGGAAGGUUCUGGAGCAGCUCAACUGCCAGCGCCAGCAGGGCCUGCUGUGUGACUGCACCUUUGUAGUGGACGGCGUGGACUUCAAGGCUCACAAGGCUGUACUGGCAGCGUGCAGUGCUUACUUUCAUACAAUCUUUUUGGACCAAAAAGAUGUGGUGCAUCUGGACAUCAGCAAUGCAGCAGGUUUAUCUCAGGUCCUGGAGUUUAUGUACACAGCUAAGCUGAGUUUAUCUCCUCAGAAUGUAGAAGAUGUGUUGGCUGUUGCAAACUUUCUACAGAUGCAAGAGAUUGUAAAUGCUUGCUCUCUGUACCAGUCAAUGGCGAGUCCAGUUCCGUCCACCUUUAAGCUGGAUUUUCCUGUUGAAGACAAACCAGGUAAAGCAGACCAGGCGGAGGAUCUGGUGGUAAAGCUGGCAGACGUGGCAUCGCAUGCAGAGGAGUCACUUCCCAGCACCCCUACAGAGACCCAGCAGUCCUCAGCUGGACAAGAAAUGAUGACACAUGAUGACUCCACUGAAACGCAACACGAAGUUCCACAGCCGAAUGUAAACGGAGCCUGUUCAGGACGAGGACGGACACCAAAAAACUCUGCUCAAAAGGAGAGUACCUUUAAGGGUGGAAGGUGAACCUCCUGCACAAGAUGUACUUGAACUCAAAGACAACACCUCAGAUUCCGACAACACACUCAAAUCUCUGCUCAAGCCUGCUGACAGUUCAUCCUGUUUGAGCUCUCGAGGGAGAAGAAUCAGAACUGCUCAUCGAAACUUCCCACCUGAUGACUCUGAGGAUGAAGGCGUGUCUACGGUUGUGAAUGAGAAGAAUGAUGCAACUGAAGUGUCCGAAGUACAACAGCAUGAUUCUGAUGAGACUAGUGAAGAGGAGGCAUAUGAUGAAGAGGCACCUAUAGAAGACGAAGAACAGGUUGGACAGCAAAGGAACGGAGUCGAGUCGAGCAGUGAGAGAGAAGGAAUACAAAAUUCCUGAGCAGUCGAUCCGAGUCAAAGCCUUACAGCUCUAUGACCCAUAAAUGUGAGGACUGUGGAAAGAAAUUCACCCACACAGGCAAUUUCAAGAGACACAUGCGUAUUCACACAGGAGAGAAGCCUUUCAGCUGCAGAGACUGCAACAAGGCUUUCUCUGACCCCGCAGCCUGCAAAGCACAUGAGAAAACACACAGCCCGCUGAAACCAUACUGCUGCUCCACAUGUGGAAAGAGCUACCGCCAGAUCAGCCUGCUGAACCUGCACCGUAAACGACACACGGGUGAAGCGCGCUAUAGUUGUGAAGUGUGCGGCAAGCUCUUCACCACAUCUGGCAAUUUGAAGCGCCACCAGCUUGUGCACAGCGGAGAGAAACCAUAUCAGUGUGACUACUGCGAGAAGGCUUUCUCUGAUCCCACUGCCAAGAUGCGACAUCUGGAGACUCAUGACACGGAAAAGGGCCACAAGUGUUCACACUGUGAAAAACGCUUUAACCAGCUGGGUAACCUGAAGGCUCAUUUGAAAAUCCAUAUCACAGAUGGUCCUCUGAAGUGCAAAGAGUGUGGCAAACAGUUUACUACAUCAGGAAACCUGAAGAGACACCUACGUGUUCACAGUGGGGAGAAACCUUACGUUUGCGUGCACUGUCAGAGAGCGUUCAGCGAUCCUGGAGCUCUGCAGCGACAUGAGCGCAUCCAUACAGGAGAGAAGCCAUGUGUCUGUGACAUGUGUGGCAAAGCCUUCACCCAGGCCAGUUCACUCAUCGCUCACGUGCGCCAACACACUGGAGAGAAACCUUACGUGUGUGAACGCUGUGGAAAAAGGUUUAUUCAAUCCAGUCAACUGGCCAAUCACAUUCGCCAUCAUGACAACGUCCGCCCACACAAAUGCCAGAUGUGCAACAAAGCAUUUGUCAAUGUAGGGGAUCUGUCUAAGCACAUCAUCAUUCACACAGGGGAGAAACCCUUCCUGUGUGACAAAUGUGGUCGAGGGUUCAACCGAAUCGACAAUUUGCGCUCCCACGUCAAGACCGUCCACCAAGGCAAGGCAGGGAUGAAGCGGCUGCUGAUGGUGAGAGACGGCACAGAAGAAGAGGCUAAUGGGUGCGGCGAGGCUUCCACCUCUGACAGUGAGAUCAACAUAGUAACCGUCACCACAGAAGACAUCGUUACCCUGGCAACAGAGGCAUUGGCUGGCAGUGCUGUAGCACAGCUGACAGUGGUUCCAGUGAAUGCUUCAGUGUCUGCCGAUGAGACUGAGGCUCUGAAAGCUGAAAUCACCAAGGCAGUGGAGAAAGUGCAAGAAGCGGACCCAAACACACAAAUUUUGUACGCGUGUGAUUCAUGUGGUGAUAAGUUCCUGGAUGCCAGCUCCCUUGCACAGCAUGUCCGUAUCCAUACAGCCCAGGCCUUGGUCAUGUUUCAGGCUGAUUCUGACUUCUAUCACUACACCACAGCCAACGCCGCUGAAGAUGACACUGCCACAGCAUGGCAACCCCACGCUGAGCAGGUCAUCCAGGAGGGCGGGCUGAUCUUCCGUGCCCGGGAAGAAGAAUCAGGAGAUAUAGAAGUCAAGUUGGUUGAGGAAACGAACGAACACAGAGAUGAAGAGGAAGAAGAAGCAACUCCAGAAUUGGGGAGUGGGGUAGAAGAGGAGGAUGAGGUGAAACAGCAAACACAGACUGAGAUAAAACCUGAAAAAUAGAAGAGAUGGCAUGUCAGGCUCAGGUGUAGGGCAGGCAGAUUUUUACUGAGUGGUUGUCACAGACACCAGAUUUAGAUUAGAUAAAAAAUCUAAAUGAGGCAUUAAAGUUUCAACAUGUUGAAGUGUUCAGGGUAAAAGUAAACCAUCUCUGGAUUUAUGUGUAUUUGAUUUUAAUGAUUUUAAUAUAGUGCACAUUUGUCAGAAUGUUUUUGUUUUUGUUUCGCUGUUAAUAUUCCAGCAGACAAGUUUAGAUUCAGUUAUUUGAACAUUUAUUGUUCACUGGU